CUUACUGCCCGUUAUGCACAUCCAAAACCUCUAUUAUCUUGCCAUCCCCCAUUGCACUUGUCAUUCGUGGAGUGGAGCCAGUCAAAGAAACUUCAACAAAUUAAAGAAAGCAACGGUCACGAUGCGCCCUCACUGCCUCCUCAUCCUCGCCCUCGUCCUCCUUCCUCUGGUGGCCGCUGCCGCGGACCGACGGGGCCUUAUAACCGGCGGUUGGGCGCCCAUAAAGAACAUCAGCGACCCCCAUGUGAAAGAGAUUGCAGAGUUUGCGGUGUCGGAGUACAGCAAGCAAGCCCAAGGCCAGAACAAGUUGGCGUUUGAGAGAGUCGUCCGGGGCGACAGCCAGGUGGUGGCGGGCAUCAACUACCGGCUUGUCAUUUCCGCUAAGAACAAGUCCGUGGCUGAUCCCGAUGUUGCCACUCCCGCGGAUUACGAGGGUGUUGUGUGGGAGAAGGCUUGGGAGCAUUUUAAGCAGUUGAUAUCAUUUCAUCGAUUGUCAAAGCCUAACUAGGUUUCGGAUAAUAUGAUCGUUUUAUAUUUUAAUGCUUGUGUUUAUGCAAUCAUGUACUCUGGACUCUAGUUUGCUUGAAGUUUAUCAUCCUUCAUUAUAAUAAAUAAAUCGAGGGAAUAAUUGAUCUUCAAUUCUUAA